CUCAUCUUAUUUCUUCUGCAUCUUCUUUCUUUUCCUCAACAACCUCACUUGUUCUACCGCAAACCCCCUUCUUUCUUUUUUACCUCGACCUCCUCGCUUUUUUCAACAACUUCACUUCAUUCAUUCGCCAGGAUGCGUUCCAACCUCAUUUUCGCUCUUGUUACCGCUAUCGCGGCCAUCAGCUCAGCGGCGCCGGCGCCCCAGGCUUCUGGUGCGCCCCCGUCCGGCACUGGGCUGGCUCCCCCGCCCCACCGCAGUGGAGCUCCCCCGCGCCCCUCCGGCACCGGUGUGCCCCCUAGCGGUGCCCCACCUUCGGGCACUCCCCCGGCUCAGCAGCAGCGCCGUUUCCGCGGCAUGAACCGUCGCCAGAACUCCGCCCACCCCUCUGGAUCCCCGCCUUCCGGCGCUCCCCCGAGCGGCACUCCCCCUCCUCGCCCCAGUGGUGUUGCCCAGCCCAGCGGUGGCGGACACGGCGGCUUCGGUGCUCAGGAGGCCGGCGCUCAGCCCACUGACGCUCCCCCGUCCGGUGCACCUCCCUCCGGUGUCCGCCCGAGUGGUCCUCCUCCCUCUGGAGCUCCUCCUUCUGGUGCUCCCCCCAGCGGUGCACCUGCUCCUACCGGCAACGCCAAGCGUGCUGAGCCCUCCGGUGCGAAGCCGUCUGGACCUCCUCCUUCCGGUGUUCGCCCCAGCGGUCCUCCCCCGAGCGGCGCACCCCCCUCAGGCGCUCCUCCUUCGGGACCUCCUCCCAGCGGUGCCCCUGCUCCUACUGGCAACGCUCGCCGCGCCGAGUCUGCUCCCGCAGGCCCCAAGCCCACUGGCCCUCCCCCGUCUGGAGUGAAGCCUUCCGGUCCUCCUCCUUCCGGCGCCCCUCCUUCUGGUGCUCCUCCCCGCGGCGCUCCUAAGCCCACUAACGCCAAGCGCGCCGACGGGUCUGCUCCCGCCGGCCCCAAGCCUACCGGUCCCCCGCCUUCUGGAGUGAAGCCUUCCGGCCCCCCUCGUUCAGGUGCUCCUUCAGGUGCUCCUUCCGGCGCUCCUCCCUCUGGUGCCCCUCCCUCAGGUGCUCCCGCUCCUACCGGCAAUGCUCGCCGCGCUGAGGACGCCGCUCCCACCGGCACCAAGCCCACUGGCGCUCCUCCUUCCGGUGCUCCCCCCUCCGGCGCUCCUUCAGGAACUCCUCCUCCCAAGCCUUCCGGUGCUCAGGCCGAGGGUGCUGCUCCCUCCGGAACUCCUCCCCCUAAGCCCACUGGCACUCCUACCGGCCCUCCUCCUUCCGGCGCGCCCUCCGCUCCCGCCCAGAAGCGUGCUGAGUCUGCUCCUCCUUCCAAGCCUUCCGGUGCUCCUCCCUCUGGCACGCCUCCUCCUCGCCCCAGCGGUGCUCAGGCUGAGGGCGUCGCUCCCAGCGGAACUCCUCCCCCCAAGCCUACUGGCACUCCCACCGGAUCUCCUCCCUCUGGAGCUCCUCCCGCUCCCACCCAGAGCGCUUAAACUAGUACUCUCUGAGAAGAGCCACCACAACAACCCACGAGAUUUGAAGCCAUCAGUCCAGCCCACACAGCAGCAGCGAAUUUGAUACCAACUUGAGUCUGGGUAUGUCUUACCAGGAGACGUUGGGCCAUGGCUGUCAAACACUUGAGAACAGAGAAGGAGAAGACGAAAAGGUGAAUGUUGACACGAGACAUGGGACAGUUGACGAUGAUGGCGGUGAUCACUUGGCUAGUCAUUUUUGCUUUGUAGAUAUUGGUUGAGAUUUUUAUGGGCAUUGUAUCAUAGCAUUUCUUUGAGAAAACCUGAGAAUAACAGCGCUGUUACUCGAAAUCGGCUUCCAGCCUUCUGGCUAUCUUGC